GGUCACACUAGUGCACACUGGUGCUGCGGGCUGCUGUUAAAAAAAAUGCUUUAAACAGUGAAAAGUUCGUUUCGUUGUUGUUGUUCCAGCUAAAAUAAUGGUAAAUUCGAUCGGCGGGAUAUAAACAAGCCGUGUGAAAAGUGGGAGAGCAAGCGACAGGCGGAGAGGCACCGAAGACAAAAGUGCAGUUUUAGGGCGUGUUUGUGCCCCCCCCCGUACUCGCUCCCAGUACCUUCCCAUCCACCCGCAGCAGUCUGCUGCUCAGCGGAGAUGCAAAAAGCUAAAGCUCCAGCAAACAUGCAACAAAUUAUGCAUCUGCUGCUGCACCUUGCCUAACAAAUCGAAAGUGGGAGUGAGAGAGAAAAGGUUGGCGUAACAUUUCGCAAACUUCCUUCUUUUCGUGUGUCUCCAAUUUUUUUGUCUACUCCAAAUUGCCAAGUGAAGUAGAAAACGCAGAAAGAGCAGAGAAGAGAGUGGAGAAAGAAAAUGCGCGAGUGUGUGUGUGUGUGGAAGCAGCAGAGAGCGAAAAAUGAAAUGAAAUAAAAUAAAUUCAAGAAAAUUCAAAGCAAAGGCAAACGCAAAUAAUUGAUCGCAAGUGUUGGUUGAAGGCAAGUGGAGAGAAAAAAAAUCACCGUAUCGUAUCCCAAGGCGGAGCGGUGCAAAAAGAGUGUACAAAUUGUUUAUUGCUGCGCAAGAGCGAUAGCAACGACCCACAACCCACCACCCAGCCACAGCCACAGCAGCUCCCAGCUCCACCUCCACUUCUGAAAUGGGUGCUCAGCAGGGAAAGGAGCGCGGCUCGCAUUCGAGCGGUGGGGGCGGUGGUGGCGUCCCCGUCAGUUGCAUUGGCCUCUCCAGCAGCAGCAGUCCCGUGGCCUCCGUCUCCCCCCAUUGCAUCAGUGCUGGCAACAGCAGCAGCGGCGGCGGAGGUCCACUAGGGGCGGGCUCCACACUGCGUGGCUCACGCAUCAAAUCCUCGACGGGUCAUGGUCAUGGCAGUGGCGGUGGGAGCAGCGGAGUCGGUGGCAGCAGCAGCGGCGGCGGCUCUGGAGGAUUAUCACAGCGCAGUAAUGCCCACAAGGAUGCGAGGUGUAAUCCCUCCGUGGGACUCAACAUAUUCACCGAGCAUAACGGUGGUACGAAGCACAGCUCUUUUCGCGGCCAUCCAGGCAAAUAUCACAUGAAUUUAGAAGCGCUGCUGCAGUCGCGUCCAUUACCUCACAUUCCGGCUGGGAGCACGGCAGCCUCCCUGCUGGCCGAUGCAGAACUGCAAUGCAGCGACUCCGGAUUGCAGUGCUCCUCCCUCGGGGGCCACAGUUCGGCGACAUCGGUGUUCGAGUCGACGCAUCGCUGGACCUCCAAGGAGAAUCUGCUGGAGCCGGGACCGGAGGAGGACGAUCCGCAGCUGUUUGUGGCACUGUAUGACUUCCAGGCAGGCGGCGAGAACCAGCUGAGCCUGAAGAAGGGCGAACAAGUGCGGAUCCUCAGCUACAAUAAGUCCGGGGAGUGGUGCGAGGCGCACUCAGACUCCGGGAACGUCGGCUGGGUGCCCUCCAACUAUGUGACGCCAUUGAAUUCGCUGGAGAAGCACUCGUGGUACCACGGACCCAUCUCACGCAAUGCCGCAGAGUAUCUGCUGAGCUCGGGCAUCAAUGGGAGCUUUCUGGUGCGCGAGAGCGAGAGUUCUCCGGGCCAAAGGAGCAUCAGUCUGAGGUACGAGGGUCGCGUCUAUCACUACCGCAUCUCGGAGGAUCCCGAUGGCAAGGUGUUCGUCACCCAGGAGGCGAAAUUCAACACACUGGCGGAGCUGGUGCAUCAUCACAGUGUGCCCCAUGAGGGGCAUGGCCUGAUCACGCCCCUGCUCUAUCCGGCGCCCAAGCAGAACAAGCCCACGGUCUUCCCCCUGAGUCCGGAGCCAGACGAGUGGGAGAUCUGUCGCACGGACAUUAUGAUGAAGCACAAGCUCGGCGGCGGCCAGUACGGUGAAGUGUACGAGGCCGUGUGGAAGCGCUACGGCAACACGGUGGCCGUCAAGACCCUCAAGGAGGAUACAAUGGCCCUCAAGGAUUUCCUCGAGGAGGCGGCCAUCAUGAAGGAGAUGAAGCAUCCGAAUCUAGUGCAGCUCAUCGGUGUGUGCACGCGUGAGCCUCCGUUUUACAUCAUCACCGAAUUCAUGUCGCAUGGCAAUCUGCUGGACUUUCUGCGCUCCGCGGGUCGCGAGACCCUCGACGCCGUGGCCCUGCUCUACAUGGCCACGCAAAUAGCUUCGGGGAUGAGCUACCUGGAGGCGCGCAACUACAUCCAUCGCGAUUUGGCGGCCAGAAACUGCCUCGUGGGCGACAAUAAGCUGGUGAAGGUGGCGGACUUUGGGCUGGCGCGGCUGAUGCGCGACGAUACGUAUACGGCGCAUGCCGGCGCCAAGUUCCCCAUUAAGUGGACGGCCCCCGAGGGACUGGCGUACAACAAGUUCAGCACCAAGUCGGAUGUGUGGGCCUUUGGGGUGCUGCUGUGGGAGAUAGCCACGUACGGGAUGUCCCCAUAUCCGGGCAUCGAUCUGACCGAUGUAUAUCACAAGCUAGAGAAGGGCUAUCGCAUGGAGCGGCCGCCCGGCUGUCCGCCCGAGGUGUACGAUCUGAUGCGCCAGUGCUGGCAGUGGGAUGCCGCCGACAGGCCCACAUUCAAGAGCAUACACCAUGCGCUGGAGCAUAUGUUUCAGGAAUCGUCCAUCACCGAAGCGGUCGAGAAACAGCUAAACGCCAGCAGCAGCAGCAGCUCCCACAACAACCCCCCCAGCAGCGGCGGUGGCAACACCACAUCGGGCAUAGUAGUCGGCGGUGCCAGUGGCACUCAGUCAGCGGCCAGCGGAGCCUCCUCAUCGGCCUCGCUCAGCCUCACCCCACAAAUGGGGAAGAAGGCCCUGCCAGCGACCCCCUCCCAGUGCCAGUCGUCGUCUUCCCUCACGCCAAAUGCCCAUCAACAGCAGCAUCAGCAGCAGCAGCAGCACGAUCAGCAGCAGGCUAGCACGCCCAUGUCAGAUACCGGCUCCACCUCCACAAAGCUGAGCACCUUCUCCAGCCAGGGCAAGGGCAAUGUACAGAUGCGACGCACCACCAAUAAGCAGGGAAAACAGGCGCCAGCACCACCCAAGCGAACCAGUCUGCUUUCGAGCAGUCGGGACUCUACAUAUCGCGAGGAGGAUCCAAUCAGCGCCAGUGGUGGCGGCAGCGGCACCAAUCAGCGGUGCAACUUCAUCGAUGACCUCAAUACGAAUGGUAUAAACACAAGCACAAAAUUGCAUAGAAAUUUCAGCUAUUUCAGCCAGACCCUUAGUAGAAAUUUCAAGACCCAAAUUCCAACCCACCAACAACAACAACAACAACAAUACACACCACAAGAACAACAUCAACAACAAAUACGUACAGCACACGUACAGCUGCCAGUGCCACUGAAACAACCACUGCCACUGCCACAACAACAACAACAACAAAAACAACAACAGUAUUCCAUUAAGAAAUCGUCCUCCUGCAGUAGUUUCCUUUACGACAUCCUAUUUCGAGGUCUGGCGCGAGACAUCAACAGCCUCACGCAGCGCUACGACUCGGAAACGGAUCCGGCAGCAGAUCCCGACACGGAUGCCACCGGCGACAGUCUGGAGCCGUCGCAAGCCGUCACGCCGAACAAGAUGCAGCACUCGCUGCAUGGCGGAAUCGGACCCAGGUCCUCGCAGCAGCACAGCUCCUUCAAGCGGCCAACGCCGGUGAUGGGCAACCGGGGACUGGAGACGCGUCAGAGCAAGCGUUCCCAGCACCAUCCAUCGGUGCCCCCGCCAGCACCCAGGGAUCAAAUGCAGCCAGUGCCCAACGGCAGCCCUGCACUGGCCGCGCAUCCCAUCACCGUGGGCGCCCUGGAGGUGAUGAAUGUGAAGCGCGUGGUGAAUCGAUACGGCACCCUGCCGAAGGUGGCCCGCAUCGGCGCCUUCCUCGACAGUCUUGAGGACAGUGGGGGCGAGGCCAGUCCCUCACCAACGCCUACGCCAGCUGCCAACGGUCAUGCCACACCGCCGGCCAGGAUCAAUCCCAGCCCCAAGGCUCCAUCGACGGCUAGCCUGGCCACGCCGCCGCCCCAGCAGAUGAUCCGGAGCAACUCCUCCGGUGGCGUGACCAUGCAGAACAAUGCGGCGGCCAGUCUGAACAAGCUGCAGCGUCACCGCACCACCACCGAGGGCACCAUGAUGACGUUCUCCUCGUUCCGGGCCGCUGGCUCCAGCAGCUCGCCCAAGAGGAGUGGCGUGGGCCUGGGGUCUGGCGGUGUUCCAGCCCAGCCUGUACCCCAACCGGCUCUGGCCAACCUGGAGUUUCCGCCACCGCCGCUGGACCUGCCGCCUCCACCCGAGGAGUUCGAGGCGGGUCCACCGCCGCCGCCACCAGCGCCCGAGAGUGCCGUCCAGGCCAUCCAGCAGCAUCUGCACGCCCAGCACUCGAACAACAACGUCUGCAACACCAGCAGCAACAGCAUCGGCAACACCAACAACAACAACGACAGCAGCACCCACGACGUGAGCAACACGGCCCCGAGCGUCGAGGAGGCCAGCUCCCGGUUCGGAGUGUCCCUGCGCAAGCGUGAACCCUCGACGGACUCGUGCAGCUCCCUGGGCACCCCGCCAGACGCUGCACCCGAGAAGAGCCUCAAUCUGAAAGAGAAACUGAUCACGGAGAUCAAGGCGGCGGGUGGCAAGGAGUCGCCAGUGAGCCCACACCUGGCCAACGGAUCAGCAGUGGCAGCAGUCUCAGCAGUGCCAGUGGAUCCCGUCUCCCAGCUGGUCACCGAGUUGGCAGAGAGCAUGAAUCUGCCCAAGCUGAAAAUGACGAAUGGCAAUGGCACUGCCACAGCAGCCACAGCAGUAGCUCCUCCAGCUGGUUUCAAGGCUCAGCUGAAGAAGGUGGAACCCAAGAAGAUGACGGCGCCCAUAGCCAAGACAGAGCCCACGUCCAACAUCAUCAUUGACUUCAAGGCCCAUCUGCGGCGAGUGGACAAGGCGGAGCAGCAGCUGCAGGAGAAGCCUCCUGUUCCCGCCUGUGCCCAACAGCAGGCGGUGGCAAAUAAUGCCAAUGGCACCGGCACCGGCACUGGCACCCUGAACCGCAAGGACGACAAUAGGAAGUUCUCCCACUCGCAGGCCGUGCAAAAGACUGAAAUCAAAAUAGAUGUGACCAACUCCAACGUGGAGGUGGAGACGGGCACGGGAACGGGAGACAGCAGCAGUAGCAGCGGCGGGGACCUCGGCAAGCGACGAAGCACAGGUAGUAUUAAUAGCUUAAAGAAACUGUGGGAGCAACAGCCCCAGGGGCAGGCACAGGCUCAGGCCCAACCCCCCGACUAUGCCAGUAGCGCGAUCAUCCAGCAGCCGUCACUUAAUGGCGGCUCCUCCACAUCAACCACAUCCCAGCUAUCGCCCAAGUACGGGCUCAAAGCAAUUCCCACGGCCAAGCCAGGCAAUAGGCCGCCGCCAGCUGCCCCACCACCACCGCCCCCAACCAACAGCACGAUCACCACCACAGUCACAGCCACUGCCACUGCCAUGAGGGUGCAGCCACAGCCACUAGCAUCCAGCAGCUCAAUAAAAACCUCUCAUUCCACGCAACUCUUCACAGAUGACGUCAGCGAGGAGCAGCAAGAGGGACUGGGACUAGGGCCAGGAGGCGGCCACACGGCAGCGGAGAAUAUGACACAGUCGCUCUACGUCCAGAACGAGCUCCAAGGCAGCAAGCAGGCGCAGCCGCAACAGAAGCCCGCUGUGCCGCACAAGCCCACCAAGCUGACCAUCUACGCCACGCCCAUAGCCAAGCUGGCGACGGACAAUGGCUCCAGCACGGGCAACUCCACGCAGAUAUCGAGGGAGAGCAUCCUGGAGCUGGUGGGCCUGCUGGAUGGCUCUCUCAAGCAUCCCGUCAACGCCAUUUCCGCCUCGCAAUGGCUCCAGCUGAGCGACAAGCUCAACAUCCUGCAAAACUCGUGCGUCAUUUUUGCGGAGAACGAGUCAAUGCCGCCGCACUCCAAGUUCCACUUCCGGGAGCUGGUGACUCGAGUGGAGACACAGUCGCAGCACCUGCGCUCCGCCGGCAGCAAGAACAUUCAGGACAACGAGCGCCUGCUCCUGGAGGUGGGACAGUCGCUCAAGCAGAUCUCCAAUGCGCUGAAUAGGUAAAUGAUAAGAACGGGGAUGGAUGCGCACGCACACGAGCACCAGCCGGGCGUCUGGUUGGAUGCCGAGGGCAACUUUAUCAAGCGAAAGUGACACGGGACACGACACUCGAGAGAACCAAACAAACAAGCAAACCGAACGAACGAACCA